AGUACACCUGACUGUGUGUCUGUGUGUGUCUGUGUGUGCCUGUGUGUGUGUCUGUGUGUUUGUCUGUGUGUGUGUGUGUCUGUGUGUGUGUGUGUGUGUGUCUGUGUGUGUGUCUGUGUCUGUCUGUGUGUCUGUGUGUGCCUGUGUGUGUGUGUCUGUGUGUGUGCGUGCAGCCAGGCAAACAUGCGCUCUUUGUCAAGACGUCAGUGGUCAGCUGAGCAUUCUGUUCUCAGAGGAGGGGGAGGAGCUAGUGAUCUUAUCUGUUUAUCUGGGCAUUCUGUGUGUGUGUGUGUGUGUGUGUGUAUAUGUGUGUGUUCCUGAAACUCUUUGUCCCAUUGGAGCUUUGAUGUUUUCUUCCUACGAUGUUUUCCAACAAUAAUCUGUUGUUCCCGUUUCAGUCACAUGCAACAAACAAUCAUAUAAUAUAUAUAUAUAUAUAAAUCAUGUCGUUAAUUAGAUAAAUGUAUCAUUGCCUCCAUGGUCUUUUAUUUACGCUUGUUGCUGACUCAGAUUAAUAACGACAGUUUUUGUGUCCGAAUCAUUUGCAAAAGAAUGUAAAUAUAAAUAAUGUUUUUUUUAUUAUUUCUUCCUCACACAGGAAGCACAAACAUGUUUAAUCUGUUACGUAACAACUUCCUCUCUGCAUUUCAUUUCCUCCCCCGUGGCCCGCUGGUCCUCUGCCCAAUGGCACAGCGGCAGGAGGACCGUGAAGGGGCGGGGCCUAGUGGAUGGGGGUCCUCCUCCCUCCUCCUGCAGCAGGAGAUGAGUGCUCCUCGAAGAGGGAACUGUUUGUGAACCAGCUCGAGUGAAGUGCAGCCGGAGAAGAAGCAGCAGAAGAAGAAGCAGCAGAGGAGCGUGGAGCUCUGCGGCGUCAUGGACUCGCGUGGCUGCGCUCUGGAGCUGCUGGGGGUGCUGGUCUACGUGGCGGGGUGGCUCUGCGCCCUGGCCACCGCCCUCCUGCCCCAGUGGCUCACCAUGUCCACGGCCCUGAUGCCGGCGGAGAGCUACGGCCUGGGCCUGUGGGAGACCUGCGUGGUCCAGGACCUCGGCGUCAUGGAGUGCCGGUCCUACGACGGCCUGCUGGGCCUCCCCGGGUACCUGAAGCUGGCCCGCGUCCUCAUGUGCACCGCGCUGGCGGUGGGGGCGCUGGGCGCCGUGGUGACCGCGCCGGGCCUCCAACUGGUGAGCGGCGGCGGCGGCUCCGGGGUCAAGAGCACGCUGAGGGCCACGGGGGGGUCUCUGGGGGUGGUCUCCGGGGUCCUGUGCCUGGUCCCCGUGUCCCACACGGCUCACCUGGCCGUGGCGCACUUCUUCGACGACACGGUGCCCGACAUGGUGCCGCGCUGGGAGUUCGGCGAGGCCCUGUUCUGCGGCUGGGCGGGGGGCUUCCUUCUGGUGGCGGCCGGCCUCCUCCUGGUCUCCUCCUGCUGGCGCUCCCGGGCCGAGCCUCAGGCCGAGCCGCAGCGGCGCUACCGGGUGAUGAGCGCCGACGCCGCGUCCUCCAGGAAGCACUCGGAGUACGUUUGACGAGAAUGACGACGACGUCCGGUUCUGCUUCGUGUUGAUCAAAUGUUUUGUGAAUAUGUAGAAGACAUAAGCUCCUCAUGACUCACCUGCAACAAUCCAACAUCACUCUAUAUAUAUGAAUAUAUAUUCAUAUAUAUAUUUUAAAUGAUAUAUAUUAUUUUUUCUUCAAAUUUAUAUAUAUAUAUAUAUUUUUUUAUUUAUGUAUAUAUUUAUUAUAUAUAUAUUUAU